CUUGACAAAUCAUCCCACUUACGCAUACUGAGUAAUAAGCUGCAAAUAGGGCGCAAGAUCUCACUCCUCCCGAAUCUUUCUACACAGCUGAAUACCGGAUGCAACCUGACGCUCCCGCAUCUCUCAUCCAUUUCGAUCAUGGAUUGGGCAUCGGACGAUGGUAGCUUGAACGAAGCCGACCUCCAAAAAGUUUUUCGAUAUCAGCCACAGGAGACGAGGGUAGUCAAGAUUCUACCCAAUCAAUGCGGUACAGAAGUCUGCAUGCGGUCGAUCAGGACCCCAGCAGAAUGGCGAUCAUGGCUCGAGAACGUAAGCUUUCACCUUCUACUUUCUCAGUCGAUAGCCUGUUAAUAAUUCAUGACUGAUUCCAGGACACUCCAUCACUUCACAAAGACUCUGGUCUCGUAGUCAUGUAUGAAAAUUAAACUCCUUUGAAAGCAACUGACUGAUAGUGUUAUCUGCAAAGAAUUGCCAGAAGGCCAUAUGUUC